CAACGUCGAGAAAAGAAAACUCCUUUUUGUCCCAAGAUCGGAAGGGUACAGAAGCUGCCAGCGUUGCUAUCAGAAACCUAUAUAAACAGUUCUUCAUCUCGCGCAAAAAUUUCAAUGGAAGCCGAAGGGCAACGAACAUCCUCCAAUCCCUCCGCAGUGCUCGCUGCUCUCUUGUCAAAAAGAGCUAAACUUCACGAAGAUCUCCGAAACCUCGAAAAACAGGUUUAUGACAUGGAGACUAUUUACCUACAGGAUCCUAGCCAAUGUGGAAAUGUACUAAAAGGGUUUGAAGGAUUUUUAUCUUCCUCCAAGAGUACCAGCUUCUUGAAACGGUCCAGGAAGUUUCAACCUGAAGAUAGGCUCUUUUCUUUAUCGUCUGUCACCUCACCGGCAGCUGAGGAACAAGCUCUUGGUCGGGAUGGUGGAGGGAUAUCUGCCAAUGUUCAAGGUAGACAAAGGAAGGGCAGGGGAGGUCCAAGAGAUGCAAAGAGAAUGAGGCAUUCAAGUGAACCAGACUAUGACUAUGAAGAUGAUCCAGAUCUAAUGUAAUUUGGACUCUGGUGAAACGGUAGGUUGGUUGAUUUGGAAUGAUGACAUUGGUCAAUUUUGACAUGUACAAAUAUAUUUGGCGGCC